AUGUCAGCCGGUUUGGCGACUUUUGGUAUCACAGCCGAUCAGGGCUUGCAUUGGAUCUUCCCGAGUAUUGGAAGUGCCUUAAUAUCAUUCGGCUUUGGCGGCAUGGCAAGCAUGUCCUUUACCCUUAUGAUAGAUGCCUAUCCCAACAUUAUCUCCCAAGGAUUUGUGGUUGUUGCCUUUUCCCGAAAUGUGCUUGGCGUGGUUGGCCCUGCCUCUAGCAACCCCUGGAUUAAGGCAAUGGGCCUUGGUGGAAUGGCCAUUACCGCCGCCUUGAUAAAUUUGGGCGUCAAUCUUCUAGCUGUGCCUCUUGUCAUCUAUGGGAAGAGGUUAAGGACUGCUACCGCCGGUAGAUAUUAUCGCUUGUCAAACCAGGCCCAGUAA